GCGGAAGCACUACGUCAAUCCACGGUCCCCAUCGCGAGCCGACCUCUCUCGCGUGCCAUAUCCGAUCGCAUACCGUUCGAGGUCGUUGAACUCAUCAUGGGCUGGAUGUCUCAGGCAAGUCUAGGCACCUGCGCGCAGGUUUGCCAGGCAUGGCAUCAGGCCAGCGUCGGUCUCCUUUAUCAAAAGAUCACUAUCGCUAGUCGCACGGCAUUCGACGCUCUUGUCGACUUCGCAUCCAAGGACGCUCGCGCAUCGGAGAGGCUUGUGGAAACGAGCCUAUUGCGUAUCGGCGGGCAUCCGCGUCACCGGGACGCCCCCGUACAUGUCAUCCCCGUUGUCUUCGCUCGUAUGAUGCCGGGGGUCCGGACCUUGGUGUUCUACCUGUCGCAGCAGCGGCUGCUGCACUCUACAUUCUUCCGCACGUUGCAUCUCUUUCGUGCGGUAACAACGCUGGAGCUGUUCUCGUUUGUCCUAGACUCCUUCGGCGAAUUGCGCAGUAUCAUCUGUGCGUUCCCGCAACUCAGCUGUCUCAAGCUCGCUGUCGGCACGCUGAGAGCGGAGACCCCUUCCACUCCGAUUCGUUCAACACCAAUUCGCUUGGACCGUUUGGUCCUUGGUGGGGCCUGGCAUCUCUGCUCAUUGUUCCACUCGUCGAGUGGCUCUCUGAGUCCUUGGCCUGUACGAAUCUUGCCCACCUGGCCAUCUGGCGCACUCCCUACAAUCUAAGGUCGCCAGUGAACAGACUGCUCAAGGUCGCUGGGCAGAGCCUGCUGUCGAUGUACGAUUUCAAUGACAAUGACUUUUCCGAGACGUCCGCGCUUUUAAGAUCGCUUUCUAGACGUCCCGGCGCCCAGGGCAUGCGCUCACCACUGGACCCUGGACAG